AAGGGUUGCUGUGUAUAAUUUAUAAGUUUAUUAUUUUUAAAGAUGCCUCGAGUAGGAGUGCUUGUGAUGGGACCAGCAGGCAGCGGAAAAACUACAUUUAGUCAUGCGCUUGUUUCUCAUAUACAGCAAAUAGGCCGUCCAGCACAUUUGAUUAAUCUUGAUCCAGCGGCGGAAACAGAUGAUAUGGAGGCAACUAUAGAUAUUAGGAAUUUGAUUAGUUUACAAGAUGUAAUGGAAGAACUUGAAUAUGGACCUAAUGGUGGAUUGGUUUAUUGCUUUGAUUUUUUAAUGAACCAUUUGGACUGGCUUGAGGAAGAAUUAGCAGGAUUAGAUAAUGACUAUUUGGUAUUUGAUAUGCCUGGGCAAAUUGAAUUAUAUACACAUAUUCCAGUCUUACCAGUACUUACAAAAUAUUUACAUCUUCAGUUAAAUUUUCAUCUUUGUGCUACAUAUCUUUUAGAGUCGCAAUUCAUUAUUGAUAAAGCGAAAUUUUUUGCAGGAGUAAUGAGUGCUAUGAGUGCUAUGGUAUUACUUGAAAUACCUCAUAUUAAUAUUAUGAGUAAAAUGGAUUUAAUACAAUCACAAAUUCGAAAAAGUGAUUUAAAGCGUUAUUUAAAUCCUGAUCCUUUUUUAUUAAUUGAUGAAGUGAAUUCAAAGACAAAUCCUCGAUAUCAUGAUCUUAAUAAAGCCAUAAUUCAACUAAUUGAUGAUUUUCAUAUGGUAUCAUUCUUGCCUUUAGAUAUACAUAAUGAAGGCUCGAUAGAAAUGAUUUUGGCAUAUAUUGAUGAUUGUACACAAUGGGAUGAAGAUCAAGAACCAAAAGAGCCCAGAGAUUCAAUUAAUACUGAUGAUUAGUAAAAAAAACAUGAAUACUAUACUUCAUCAUUAUAAGCACA